AUGGACACGAACGCACCUCUGCCAACCCCCGCUACCCCCUUCGACGCGUCCGAUGCAGACAUCAUCCUCCAUUCCUCGGACAGCGUCGACUUCCACGUCUACAAGCUCAUAUUGGGGAUGGUGUCGCCCAUAUUCAAGGCCAUGUUUACUCUCCCCGACCCACCAGACCCGGCACCAUCCAGUCCGCAGGUCGUCCCACUCACCGAGAAUGCAUGCACGCUAAGACAUCUACUCCAUCUGUGCUACCCGUUCCCCCGCACACCAAUCGCCAAUCUAGACGAACUCGUCGCGACGGUAGAGGCGAUGAAGAAGUACGAGAUGACCGCGCCGCGUUCCUCUUUGGAGCAGGACCUCAAAGCGAUCCUCACAGCAGGCGCUGAUCCUCUCCGCAUAUACGGCAUCGCAUACCUCUACCGAUUCGAUUCGGUGCUCUACGAGGCGGCAAAACUCACCCUGGACAACCCUCGCUACCUCCAAGCCCGCACCAUGCCGCCCGAGUUCGUCCACCUCUCCGCCGCAGCGCUCUUCGCGCUCAUGGAGUACCGUUUCGAAUGCGUGGAGGCCGCGGGGGAAGUCAUCAAGGACGACGACUGGAUGGUCAACGGCGAGCACGCGAAGAAAAUGCUCCUGUGGCCCACCGGCAAGCCGAUCCUCGGGAAGUCGUGGGCGUGGAUCGCCUGCAGGGAGGCCGGGGACCCGUCGUGCACCAUGACUGCCGGGGGCCACGAGCUGUCCGUGAAGACGUGGUAUGGGUGGUAUAAGGAGGACGCGGCGAAGGCGUUGCUGGACCAGCCGAAGGGCGAGACCGUCACGCGCAUCCCGGUGCUCACCAGGGCUCUAGAAGGUGCUGGGCUGUGCCCGCGAUGCGCGCCGACCGCUUGGAGAGAUAUGCUGGACUAUAGUCGUUUGUUGGCGGGAAGAAUCGACGAGGCAGUGUCCAAUGUUCAGCUCCAGCUCCCAUCCUAG